CACAGAGCGCGCACAGAGCAGGGGUUGGGGAGGUGGGCGACUUCCCGCCCACUCAUGCUGCGCGGGUGACGAUCAAACGAACCCUCAGCUGCGCAGAACUCAAAGAAAAACUGAGUGGAGCUUACUGUGCAUGGGUUUAGAUAAACGGGACAGAUAGUUGAAUAAAACACAAUCAGCAUGGAUGUCCCGGAGGAAGACGACUACUAUUACCAUGAAAACAUCAGCCUCAACUUCAGCUAUGAUGACUACCCUGCCCUCUGUGAGAAGGCUGACAUCCGCUCCUUUGCUGCCCUCUUCCUACCCAUUAUGUACACUGUGUGCCUGGUGGUGGGACUGGCAGGAAACGGCUUAGUCGUGACUGUGUACGCCUACCACAAACGCCUGAAGACAAUGACGGACGCUUUUCUGACUCACCUGGCUGUGGCCGACCUGCUGCUGCUCUUCACGCUGCCUUUCUGGGCUGCCGACGCCGCAAGGGGCUGGGAGCUGGGGGAGGUCGUCUGUAAGGUCGUGUCGGCCUGCUACACGGUCAACUUCACCUGCUGCAUGCUGCUGCUGGCCUGCAUCAGCCUGGACCGUUACUUAGCGUUAGCCAGGGUGCAAGGUAGAGACCGAAGAGGAUGGCUGCAGAGGGUGUUCAGCAAGAGACACUGUUGGAAGGUGUGCUCAGUUGUCUGGGUGACAGCUUUCAUGCUUGGUCUUCCUGAUUUAAUAUUCUCAGAAGUGAGGGGGACAUCCAACAGGAACUUCUGCCUGGCUAUCUACCCUCCAUCUAUGGCUAGAGGAGGUAAAGCUGUCCUGGAGAUCACUGAGGUGCUGCUGGGAUUCCUGCUUCCUCUCCUGGUCAUGGUGAUCUGUUACUGGAGCGUGGGCCGAGCACUACAGGGGCUCCCCGUGGAAAGCAGAGGCAAGAGGUGGCAAGCUCUGCGUGUUCUUCUGAUAGUAGUGGGAGUGUUUGUGGUCACGCAGUUGCCUUAUAACAUCUUGAAGGUCUAUCGAGUGAUGGACUCAGUCUACGUUUUAGUCACCCACUGCGGGAUGAGUAAAGUGCUGGACAAGGCUGCCCAGGUGACAGAGAGCCUGGCCCUCACCCACUGCUGCCUGAACCCGAUCCUCUACACCUUUGUGGGGUCUUCCUUCAGGCAGCACAUGACGAAAGUGGCCAAGAGGUUUGGCGAGAUGAGGAGAAAGAGGAGGCAGAGAGGGGAAAAUCCUGCAGAGGAAGAAGGGAUGGAGAUGUCAUUUAACACCCACAGUGCAUCUCAAACGACAAACACAUUCUCCAUAUGAGUUAUCACUGGUCAACAACAUCUAUAUGUAUCCAUUCUUUAGUGUAGUACAAGAGCCAAUACAGUCACUCUGGGUAGGUUGUUGAGAAAACAGCAGCAGCCGACACAUGUCAAGCGAGCAUUGAAUGGAAAAUGAAGUUGUAUUUUAUGUAUUAAAAUGUAUUUUUAACUAUUUUAUAUAGUUGAUGUGACAAUAAACUUUUUUACAACAAA